AUGCCUUGCAAAGUGAACACGAGUUUUGAUAUACGGAAACUUGUAAUAUAUCAUAAUGCCAAAGGAAAAUCGUACAAAGAAAUUGCUGCUCUCCUUAACAUAAGCAAGAGUACAGUGGGAGAUAUAGUCAAGCGGUUCAAAUGUGAGGAUCGUAUAGAUUCUAUACCCCAAAAAGACCAACCGAAGAAAUUAGACGUUCGCGAUGAGAGAAAAUUGCUAAGAAAAAUAAAGAAGGACCCUACGCUCAGUGCACCAAAAUUAGCAUCAGAGCUCUUAAACGAGACUGGAAAAAACGUGCAUCCUCAAACGAUCCGCAGAGCCUUAAAACAUAGCGGCUACAAGAAACCGUACGUGAGUGAAAAGAAUCGAAAAAAGAGACUGAAUUAUGCCAAAGAAUUUAUUUUGAAGGAUGAAACAUGGUGGAAUGAUAUCAUCUUUACUGACGAAA